ACAAACUCGCCUCCUGCGCCUAAUCACGCUCUCCAGUGGCAGCAGCCAGCCUGCGUCACUCUGCCCGAUGAAGACGCCCCUCAUCGCCUCAUUCAUCAGCACCCCCUUUCCGCUGGGGCUCGACCACUUUCUGCGUCUCAAUGGACCCGACUGGCAUGACUCCCUGGGCCCAUCGAGCAUCCCCGGCCAGUUCUGCAACAGUCUUGCUGGGGUGGACUGGAACAGCGGCGCAGACGCCCGUGUGGCUUUCCCUCCAUGAUGGUGCCCUGCCCCACGCCGGCUCACUCAGCCUUGGGACCUCCGACUUCACCCUGCGCAAUGGCAUCAGCACUGCCGGCGAUUUUUAUGACGUCGCCGGGGCUCGGUUGCUGGGCCUCGGCAAAACAGCCACCUACACGUGUGGAGUCCACGCGCUGGACCUCGCCGGUGGUUCCUAUGAGGACAUUGCCCAAGGCCAACGGUGGGGCACCAUUCCUGUGGGGGGGGUGGAUGCACUGCGGCUGGUGCUACUGCUGCCCAACGGGCUGGUGUAUGUGCUGGAGGCAAAGAUAUCACCACCUUCGUCCUGCUUCUCAUUCAGCCUGUGGGUGAUGAUUGACACGGCCGGACAGCUCUACUCACGGCUGGGGGCGCCUCGACUCAAUGACCUUCUGCUAUGGGGGCCCAUGCAGGUGCUUCCCUGGUUCGACAGAAAUCCACGCGCACCUAUUGUGUGGUUCACACCGGUGCUGGCGCCGUGGCUGCAAUGUGCCUACACCUUCCACGUCUCCUUCAGUGGUGAGGAGGAGCCCCUCUCGGCAAGCAAGUGGAUGCUGGACGAUGAGGUUUACGUUUCCAACAAAGGAGCACCUGCGGAACACUUGGCAUCCAAGUACUUUCCGGGGCAGCUGUUUCCAUUCCCGCUUCACAAGGCCAAUGGCUUCGUCCAUUUCUGCACGUUCCCGAAGUUCCUGGGCUUCUGGGUGAAGCUGCACCUGUCGGUCGAUGAGCUCUUGUUCAAUGAUGUUGCCUCCACGCUCGUGCGCCUUCGUCCCGUCAGCCACUGUGGGCUUCCUGGAGUCGCUGUCGAGAGGCCCCAAGCCUCCAACGGGAUCCCCACAUGGCCUCGCAGCGUCAACGUGGAUCUCCGGGCCACGGUAGGUGUGGUCUGCACUGCCAUAGUGCAAGUGGGGCACUCUUGGGAAGUCAGGAGGGUGGAGAGGGGUGCUGAUGGGUCUAUUAUGCUGACAACUGUCGCGCUGCCACUGAGCAUCCAGACCAACAGCACGAUACUCAGCAUCCCGCGCCACACACUGCCCUACGGAACCUACAAUGCCAUCUUCUCGGUCAGAGUCUCCCUGGAUCGAGGUGCGUUGGGACAGGGCUUCAUGGAAAAUUCUGAUUCCAUUGAUCUGAAGAUCGAUCGAUCAGAACUAGUGGCCUCCAUUGCGGGCGGUUCAUUCCGUACAGCGCAAUGGGCGCAGCCGCUCCAGCUCGACGGCUCGGCCUCCCACGACCCCGACGAGGCUUCCCCGCACCACCAGCUCAGCUUCGCAUGGCUGUGCUCAUGCAAAAUCUCCGAGCUCAACGCCAUGGCAGCUGCAGCGAUCGAUGCCUCAGCCGGCGUUGCUUCCAAUCCCUGCCGUGUGGCCUCCUCUCCAGCACCAUUGCCUUGGGUCUACUCUACAUCACCGACGCUAGACAUCGCAGCCCGGCUACUCAUGGCCGAUGCAGUCUACCAUUUCUUGCUCGUCGUACGCAAGGAGGGACGGGCCGAGGUCGCAAGUGCCCGGCAGGCCGUGAGGCUCACGUCGGCGAGCACGGUGCCUGUUGUUGAGCUCGUGUGCAUUCUCAAUUGUGGGCCGGCCGUCAACCCCAGUGAGCGACUCGUCCUCUCGGGCAGAUGUAAUGACUGCAACGAGACACCCGAGCGACGACUUGGAUAUGAGUGGAGCCUGAUGUGGGUCGCUGCCAGCGCUAGCGGCGACGACACCACCGCUACCGCCACUGAAGUCCUUUUCGACUGGGACAAACAUUCACUCACAGGGUGCCACCGCUCAUUCCUCUCGCUUAAUCCUCAUGCCUUUGCCGACUAUGUGUCACUACCGGGGCAGCUACUGCUCCAGUUAAACACCACCUCCGCUGAUGCGGGCAGGAGCAGCAUCCACCGUUGGGCGUUCGUCGUCAACCCUAUACCAUCCGGGGGCUCGUGCAAGGUGCGCCCGACAGAGGGCACCGCUUUGGUCACCUGGUUUCAGGUCGCAUGCAAGGAUUUUCAAAAUCACCACCAGCCACUUCGGUACAAAGUCUUCUCUUGCAUGGGCAUCCCGUUGACAUCAGUAUGUGACGGCACAAUCAUCUACAGUGGCUACAACCCAUGGUCUCCACAGUUUCUACUGCCUGGUGGCACACAGGUGCUCUGCAUUGAGGUGUGGAAUGCUGUGGAUGCCUACACUACGCUGUUCCUCAACGUGUCAGUCUCCAAGCAGCCAGAUACCAGUAUAACAAUUCUCGACCUACAGAGCAUGGUGCUGGGCAAUGACUCCAAACUGGUCAUGAUGCUGAAGGGAGGAGAUACCUCUGCAGCUGCCUACUUAAUCUAUCUUGUCGCAAGCGAGCUCAAUAAUGUGGCCAGUAAUAUGGACGAUGCACAACAGACUGCAUUGCAUGCACGGCUACUCGGUGGCCUCGAGAAUGUGCCCCUCAACAACAGAGAUGACAUCCUGUUGGUGUCAGCCGCCCUACAGAAGGCCACAAUGGGAAUUGGGAACCUGGCUGCUGGGCAGUCACUGGAACUGUUGACGAAAACGGUGACCAGACUGAGCAAGGUUAACAACGCCAUUCACUCCCUCCUCUCUGGAUUUAAUGAGCUAGAAGCCAUUGGCAUUGAGCGUGUGGGCACGGCGGUGCUGGGAGCUCUCACGAGUGUUCUCGAUGCGUCCUCCAGCACCUCCGAGGCAGCUCCGCAGAACCAGUCUGCCAUGCUCAUGAACGUUGGAGUGCCAGCCAUUGCCAUGAUGGCUGAGCUGGGGGCCACUGUCCUGGUGAGGAAAGUGAACGGCGAGGCCUCCACAGUCCUGGAGGCACACGGACUCAGGCUUUCUGUGCGCAAGGCUGAGAUGUGGGACAUGGAAUCUGGUGAUCAGGCCAACGUAGACUGCACAGCCUGCCUGAUGCACUCCCCUGUCAGCAAUACAACCACCCCCUGGCUGGGCCCCAAUGCCGUUGUGUCAACAAUGCUGCUUGAGUUUGAGACGAGUCCCCUGCCGAGCUUUGGACCUGACACCAACUUUGGCUCCUCGGUCAUAGCCUUCGCUGUGACGGCUGUGGACACCGAUUUGAAAACAGUGGAGCUGCAUACAAAGUCGGUAGACCUGGUGGUGCGUCGCAGACAGGUGGGGGACAAGGCCCUGCCAGUUCACUUCUACCCAGACGAGAAUGCGAGGACGGGUUCUUCUGCGGAGUUUGUCUUCAAUGUGAACAUGAUGAGCGUUGGUAGGGGAACACUCACUUUUCUCAAGUUUAGCAUCAGGGAUAGUGGGCUCUCCAUCAGCCUCAUGGUCAACAUCAACGCCGUGGCCUCACGUGAUGUGCAUGCAAUUUUGGAUGAUAUUCCCUUCCCCAAGUGUCAAGGAUCGGCAAUGGCAGCUGAGUGCAGUCGAGACAGCCUCUUGCCUUCCAAGCCUUGGCUCCUGUCACACAGGACGGCCAACCCGCACCUAAUAAAACUGCCCACGUGGAUCUUGCAAAAUGCCAGUGGCUCAGAUAGUAUGGGUAAAGCUGUGGCAACCUCUUACAGGAUAUUUGUGCGCUUAGAGCCGACGCAGCAGGUGGAGAACCCUGGGAACCUUGGCGUCAACGUGACGCUCUUCCAGGCCAGUUGCCUGGACUACCAGAGUGAUGCCAGGGUUUGGGAUGAGUUAGCCUGCAAGCUGGGACCCCUCACCACGGGCGACAAACUGCACUGCCAGUGUGGGCCCAGCCAUGGAGGCUUUGCUCGCAUCGCUUUGGGGCUUAUGCUACGCACCAUGGCCACUCGCCUCUUCAUCAUCCCAGAAGUGAUAGACCUGCGCAAAAUCUUGGUGCUCAUCAGGUCAGUAGCACACAACUUCAUCAUAGUACUCACCAUGAGUGCCGUCCUCGUGUUUUUUGGGUUCACAUUUUGCUGGGUGCGUCGGAAGCAACGCUGUGAGGACCAGAGGCAUUUGGCAGACUCCAGUGGUAUCCGGUCAAUAUUCGUCAACCUCGAUGACAAGGAGGAGAGUGACUCCUUUUUCUACAUCCUCACCGUCUUCACAGGCAGCCGUCCCACCUCGGGUACCACAUCGGACGUCUACCUCAUGCUUGUGGGCUCCAACGGAUGCAGCAAAACACACCAUGUUUCAGCGCAUGGUCGGAGUCUGAUGAAAACCGCUUCCGUUGAUGUCCUUCUCUUCACAGCAAAGCAGGAUCUAGGCGAGCUGUGCUACUUGCGGGCCUGGGUCAUCCAUCAGGGAAACAGCCCCAGCUGGUACCUAAGUCGCGUCAAGGUCGAGUACCCUCUCAGUGGACGCUGCUGGUUCUUUCUGUGCCGGAGAUGGCUAUCUGGGAGCGACUUAGAUCAUAUUUUCCCGGUUUCGGAUUUGGGUGACUCUGCCAGUUUUUGGACAGUAUUGAGCAUCCAGUUUGCUGUGAAGAUGUGCGAAGACCACCUGUGGCUGUCUGUCUUCCAUCCGACGCCCAUUGGGAAGUCGUUCACACGAACAAAGCGAUUGGGUUGCUGUGUGUGCUUGCAGCUGUUCGACAUGCUCACGUCCAUUAUGCUGUUCCGCUUAUCGCAGCAGGCACUGCAGAACGCCCACUCCCUGGUUUUCCGUUUGUUGCAAUCUCUCACCAUCGUAGUGGAGAGUGCCCUCAUUGGCAUCCCCUUGCAGUUAAUUGUUGUGAAGGCAUUCCACAAUGGAGAUGUUGAAGCUGCAGCUGCUGCCACUGCUUGCUCUUGCACUACAUUCUGCCUGCCCCUCCAGCCACAACAUUCGAUUCGCUUGAUCAGACAACAGCCAGAAUUGUCGAGCUCCUCACGGGCCCAAAAGUGGAAGGAAAGGCUGCGGCAUGGCUGCUUCUCGGAGAGCAAACAAAAUUAUUACAUCGCUCCUCAGACUUCUAGCGGCAUCCUUUCCCACCACCUAAGAAAUGCACGCGGCACUUCUCAACUUAGUUUACCAAAUGGGCCGAGGCUGAAGGGCUGCGUCCUGCCAGAAGCCUACUUCGACAAGAUCCUUGGCGGCAUUGAGGUGUUUGAGGAGAGCACUAUUCCUAGGGGCAUCAACUUUCAUGUCCACCAAACUAGCACCACUGAUGCCACACUCAACGUGGUGGAUACUUCUUCACAUGCAGCCUCCAACAAUGCUGCUAUAAUUGUGAAUUCUAACGUGGAUCAAUUCGAAGUCGACAAAGAGGCAGACAACAAUAACGACAACGCAUCUGACGAAAAAGCAGAUGAUGACAUAGAAUAUGACAACUAUAGCACCAAAGAGGUGGAGUUUUACCGGCCACUCAGUCCAAAGUGCCGUGCUGUACUCUCGUGCUUGCGUGCAUUUUUGGGCUGGGUAGUUGUUAGCACUGUGAGCUUCAUUUCCAUCUUCUUCAUUAUCCUCUACGGCUUUCAGUACGGCCAGGUCAUCUCCCUGCGUUGGCUGUUUGCUACCAUUUACUCCAUACUGCAGUCCGUGGCACUGGUGCAACCGGCACGCGUACUUUUGUUCACCGCCAUCCAUGCCUACCGCCGGCGGACCUGCGGUGACCUCAACUGGGGCCCCACCACCACGACAUCAGACUGUAAGAUAGCCCAGCGCAUCUUUGACAAUGGUCAAUAGUGGUGAUCAUGAUGACCAUGAGAGGAAAGAUGGCUCCCGCAGCCGGAACUGCCAGCCAUCUUCAGAUGCCGUCCACGCUGUGCUGUAGAGGCGGGCCACAUGGCACCGGCGAGACGUGGCCUUUGCCGCGUGGGCACUCGCAAAACGAUGCAGCAUCCUUUCCUACCACCUAAGCAACACACGUGGCACUUUUCCGCUUAGUUUAGCAAAUGGGCCGAGGCUGAUGAGCUGCGUCCUGUCAGAAGCCAACUUUGACAUGUUCUUUAGCGGCAUUGAAGUGUGUGAGGAGAGCACUAUUCCUCGGGGCCUGAACGUUGAUGUCUGGAAAACUAGCACCACUAAUGCCACACUUAACGUGGUGGAUACUUCUUCACAUGCAGCCUCCGACAAUGCUGCUAUAAUCGUGAAUUCAAACGUGGAUCAAUUAGAAGUCGACAAAGAGGCAGACAACAAUAAGGACUACAAUCCACCUGUGUGGGAGAGUGAGGCAACUUGUCUCACUCUGCCAGGACUUCAGCUGCAGGUUACCUGUGGUUUGAGUUCAACAACUCAACUGGCUGUGAGAGUGAUGCAAUGUGUCUCACCCUGCCAGGAGUUAAGUGUCUGCUUACCUGUAGUUUGAGUUCAAUAAUCCAUUUAUACUGGAGAGUGGAGUAACGUGUUUCAGUGUUGUCAUGGGUUGUUAGUUAAUAUUUUUGGGUCUUUCGGUAAAGUUACGUAGAUAGGUUCAAAGAAAAUAACAAAAAAUAACAAACAACUACGACUUUCGAUCGCAACACAAGCAAUCGUCAUCAGGAGAAAAAAAAACGUUGUAGUUUUUUGUUAUUUUUUGUUAUUUUCUUUGAACCUAUCUACAUGACUUUAUCGAAAGACCCAAGAAUAUGAAUUCCUGCAGUCACGGAAGCUUUAAGUCAAGAUUGUUAGUUAAUAUUUAUUCUGUAAAUAAAUAAGUGGUUCUAAAGACUGAAUUUUUUUUUGUCCGAGCGUGUGAUAUUUGCUUGGGUGCAGUGAGCUAAGAGUCUCGGGCCGACCCUCAGAAUACCCUUAUAAAUAUCAUUGUUAUUAGUAUGAAAAGAUAUACAAAUAUCUUUUCAUACUAAUAACAUUGAUAGUGGGGAAAAUUAUAAUUGAUAAUUUCAUGGUUGUUUGAGUAUGUAUGUAUUUUGGUUAAGAAAACUUGGUUUGAGUAUGUUUGUGUUUCGGAAGGAAAACGGCGAGACAUGGCUGAAAAAUAACACUGUCCUGGCAAAAUCUUUUUUUAAGGAUUUCUCCAGAAACCUACACCAUUCAUUUAUUUUUGUCGAGCCGCGUUUAGAGCUAUAUAUAACUUGUUAUUUGCACAUCUAGAACCUACUGCAGAUUUCCCAAAAUUAAAGUUAGGGUUAGGGCUGUACCCAGGGGCGGUUUCUUCAUUAGGGCGAUUGGGCGACGCACCACCAAUGUCAUUCAACCACAGAGUCACGCUAGCCGUCACUGUCAGCCUCUGGAUAUAGUCCAAUCAGCGUCAUGUCACGUUCUGUGGAGUACCGCCUCUUUUGGGGCGAUUUCACUACGGCUGAGAAUCGCCCCGAGUGGUCCCAUAGACUUACAUUGAAAGAUGUUUUUUUUCGAACGGGGGCGCUCCAAUGCAUUAUCUAUGGGUUCCGGGAGGGCAAGCCCAAACGUGGUUACGUCAUCAUACGUGCUUACGUCAUCAUACGUGCUAACGUCAUCAUACGUAAGCACGUUUCAUCCAACAAUAUAAUUUAUCGCUACCUAGUGGAAUCUUUAAUAAAAUAAACUUGAGUGGUUUGUUUUAAUAGUGAGUAUAUAAACAAACAAGAUGUAUUGUAAGAGUCACUUUAUUUUUCAUUAAUAUUAAAGAAGUGAA